AUGGGAUCUCUGGUAUCCAUGGUCGGUCGAAUCUACCAGGCGUUCAGUCCGCCGCAACAGCCUGCCAAGCGUGGAGAUGCUCUCAAAUUUGGCAUAUUAGGAGCUGCCAACAUCGCACCCCUUGCUCUAAUUACUCCAUCCAAGUCUCAUCCAGAAGUCAUUGUUCAGGCGGUGUCGGCUCGCGAUCGUGAGAAGGCGGAGGCUUUUGCUAAAUCUCACAGCAUUCCCGAAGUCAGAGACUCAUACGAGGAUAUUCUCAACGACCCCAACAUCGACUGUGUCUUCAUCCCCCUUCCAAACAGCCUCCAUUAUGAAUGGGCAGUCCGUGCCAUUCGCGCCGGCAAGCAUGUCCUACUUGAGAAGCCUUCUGUCUCAAACUCGACGGAGGCGGAGGUCCUAUUCAACCUGCCUGAGUUGUCUCAGCCCGAUGGGCCCGUCCUACUGGAAGCUUUCCACAGUCGCUUCUUCCCGGCCUGGUCGUACUUCCGCUCUUUGAUCAACCCGGCCAAUGUUGCACACGUGAACGCUGUCUCAAUGAUUCCUUGGUGGGGAACCAGCAAGGACGACAUCCACUUCAACCACAAGCUGUCGGGUGGUAGUAUGAUGGCGAUGGGGACUUACAAUUUUGCCGCGCUGCGGCUGUUCUUUGAUGCUGAGCCUGAGGAAUGUCUCAGCUGCCAGGUGCACGCUUACACCGAUGGGAUCCAUAACAAAUGUGACUAUGACUUCCAAGCUAAAUUUCGUUUCCCAAACGGCGGGAUUGGUGAGGCAACGAGUACUUUGAAAGGGCCCACGUACUGGACGCCAUCUCAUGUCACCGUAACCAACAAGGAGAUCAUCGUGGCGGAUGAGAGCCUCCCUGAAUCGCAGCUCAAGGCUCAACGUCGAGAGCUGACUCUCCACGGCUUUGUGCACGGGGUCUUCUGGCAUCGGAUCGAUAUCAAAGAUGUUUAUGAGAUCCGCAGCCGAGACACGGGCAAGGUAUUCCGGAGGUGGGAGGAGAAAACCUACCACAAAGCAUACACUUUUAAGGAAGCAGGUGGUGAAUUUGCGGACCUCCCCGGUGAACCAUAUUGGAUGUCUUAUCGACACCAGUUGGAACAAUUCGUCAAUCGUGUCAAGGGCCGGAAAACUCAACACUGGAUCAGUGGAACCGACUCCAUCGCCCAGAUGAAGAUGUUGGACAUGGCGUAUGGAAAGAGUGGACUCGGUCCCCGACCCACCAGUUCGUUUAAAUAG